UGUCGCGCCCGGCCGGCGAUAAACCGCGAGCGUCGAGUGACCGCGCGACCGCCGUCGCGCCGCGCCGAAUUGCGCCGCACCGCGCGAACCCGCUCGACGACGACGACGACGACGCUGCCGCUGCUGCUGCUGUUCAGCGACCGACGACGUCGCGCCGCAACGAGCGUCUCCCCGCGCGCAGCUGUCAUUCACUGUCAUCUCGCGUCGCCCGACGCGGACGUUUCGGUCCGGAGUGCGCGCGAGAAACAGCCCCGCGGGCCGCGGCGGUCGUCUCUCUCUCUCCCGUGCAUGCUGCCCGCGCGCGCCUCACGUUCCCGACCUACCGCCGACCGCUCUGCGUUCUUCGACCCGGCCUCAUCCCGCUGCUCGAACAACAGCCAACCGUUGUGAUGCACGGAUGAAACACGAGUCGCUAGAUGGUAGAGCGUGAAAGAUUGGGCUGUGCCAGGUCCAACGAAGAGGCUAGUGAUUCGAGGGAAGGAACGCGACAGUGUCCACCACGGCUUACGACAUGGUUGGAUUGGCGGGCGGGGGAAAUCACAUGUAUCCCUCGCCCCCCAUGCAACCAAAUCCAGAGUUGAGAGAGAUGACUGGAAUAGCACCUAGUGCGCCAACCAGCGCCGAUGCCUGUUUAAGCAUCGUGCACUCGCUGAUGUGUCAUCGUCAAGGUGGCGAAAGCGAAGGCUUCAGCAAACGAGCUAUUGAAUCGCUGGUGAAGAAACUCAAAGAGAAGCGUGACGAGUUGGACAGCUUGAUUACCGCGAUAACUACCAAUGGCGCACAUCCCAGCAAAUGCGUCACCAUUCAGAGAACUUUAGAUGGCAGACUGCAAGUGGCUGGACGCAAGGGUUUCCCUCAUGUAAUCUACGCUCGCAUCUGGAGAUGGCCGGACUUGCACAAAAAUGAACUGAAGCACGUGAAAUACUGCCAGUUUGCUUUUGAUCUGAAAUGCGAUUCCGUAUGCGUGAAUCCCUAUCACUAUGAGCGAGUGGUAUCACCGGGCAUAGACCCGUUCUUUUCAGACCUAUCCGGCCUGACGUUGCAAUCCGGUGUGGGUGUGGGGCCCGGCGGGAGGCUGGUUAAGGACGAGUACACGGUCGGCGGCGGCGGCACGGCUGCCGCGGCAGCCGCCGCCGCCGCGGUCGGAUCUGCGAUGGACGUCGACGGCGAGAUAAAUCAGACUAUUCAGCACCACCCGCCGGCUCAGCCGACCGCAUCGAGCAACGCGCAACAGGCCCAGCAGGGCUUUAUGCCGGGCUUACCGCCGCCCAACCCGACCAGUACUGAGGGUAUGUUUAGCGCCGGUGGUGGCGGCAAUAAUGGUAAUCCUCAUGCUAAACUGGACGACAAUAAUUGCCCCAGGCAAACCUGGAUUCCCACGCCUCAUCACUCGGCGGGCCGUAACAUGCAUCAUCCAGUAGUACAUCCAAUGAGUCACACCGUAGGUAGCCAGCAACAGUCGCUGAAUGCCGCGUCGAGCGGAUCGUCCGGCGCGCAGAUUCUAAGUCCCGCGCAAGGACAAUCGACCGCCGACACGUUCUACAGCACCACUACUCCCCCGCAGGACAUCAAUCAGCCCCCAACAGUCGACGCGUUAGCGGCUUCUCUGGGUGAAGGACAGAGUUCUCCUGUGUCGCCUGUUCAUCUUCAUCAUCCGAACGGCUUCCCCGUGGGCACGGCACCAUACAAUUCCGGCGCGCCGCAAUGGACUGGUGCCAAUACUCUCACAUAUACUCAAAGCAUGCAACCGCCAGACCCUCGACACCUUCAUACAACGUCAUACUGGGGAGGCCAUGGAAAUGACGUCAGUGGAAACAUCGGAGGAUUGCUCUCUACGCAACCAGCACCCGAAUAUUGGUGUUCCGUCGGUUAUUUCGAAUUGGAUAUCCAAGUCGGAGAAACGUUCAAAGUCAGCAGCAGUUGUCCCACAGUCACCGUGGACGGCUACGUGGAUCCGAGCGGCGGAAACCGAUUCUGCUUAGGUGCCUUGAGCAACGUGCAUAGGACGGAUCAGAGCGAUAGAGCGCGUCUUCACAUAGGCAAAGGCGUUGUAUUGGAUUUGAGAGGUGAAGGCGACGUUUGGUUAAGAUGCCAGAGCGAGCACAGUGUCUUCGUGCAAUCUUACUAUCUGGAUAGAGAGGCGGGCCGAGCACCUGGUGACGCGGUACACAAAAUCUACCCCUCAGCGUACAUUAAAGUCUUCGAUUUAAGGCAAUGUCACAAGCAGAUGCGAGGCCAAGCCGCCACCGCACAAGCCGCCGCAGCAGCACAAGCUGCAGCUGUGGCGGGCCAUCUUACGCAUGGAGCGCCCAUCACCAAAAGUCUCAGUGCGGCUGCGGGAAUUGGAGUUGACGAUUUACGAAGACUUUGUAUCCUGCGGUUGAGUUUUGUUAAAGGGUGGGGUCCAGAUUACCCGCGACAAAGCAUAAAAGAAACACCAUGCUGGAUUGAGGUGCAUUUACACAGAGCGCUUCAAUUGCUGGAUGAAGUGUUGCACACGAUGCCCAUCGAUGGCCCACGAGCGAUCGAAUAAUUUUAUCAAGCAUGGAAGUGAAUAAGAAACGCGAAGAAAGCAUCACAAUAUUGUUGCUGAAAUCGAGUGCGCAAGACCAAAUUCAUCAGAUGGAAACGAUCAAAUGAUUGAAAUGCGAAAUUCGGCCGGGAAACUUGGAGAGGAGAGAUCUUACAGAAGCUAUUUAUAUAUUUAACGACUCGUGAUAUAAUAACCUAUGUAGAACAGGGGUUCCCAAACGUCCAUGUUCACAGGCGGUCCGCAGAGAAAAUAUUUAUAGAUACUAAAUUUCUAGACACUUGGCAUGUAUAGAAUUGAGGUUCAUGCACAUAUUUAAAAAAAUAUCUGCAUACUUUUUUUUAUUAUAGUGUGUAUAUAAUGUAGCUCAUCUUUAUUUUUUAUUUGCAAAUUAUUUUUGUUAGAUAAUCGAAGAGAAAAAGGGAAAGACCAAUGCGAGUCAUCAAUCAUGACGCAUAAAUGAUUUUUUUUGUUUAGCAGAGAUGUUUUUAAUUGUUUCGGUAUAAUCGUCCCAGAAUUUCUGUAGGUAAAUGAGAAAAAUAUGCGAGAAUGAUUAAACUGGAAACUGUUUAUUAAUGUUUUUUAUGCAGAGUGACUUUAUUUAAAGUGAACUUUAUUUAAUAAUUUUGUUUCUCAAUAUCUGUUGCUAUUGUUUCUCGACAUGAUGAACGUAGAGGGAUCGAAACAUUACGUUUACAAUAGUAUUUUAUGCUGUAGUCCUAUUUAAAAAGUUUAAAUUGUUUUAACUUAACAUUGUUCUGCGUUCUGUAACACAAUUCUGUAUUUAUAUUUCUGUUUUAAACUAUAAAGUCACUUUUAUAUUUUAAGAAAACUAUGUUUUUGUUGCAUCUUUGAAUUUAAACGUAUAACUAAUAUCCGUUUUAUAUAUAUAUAUUUAUAUGUAUGUAUAAUCUGAUAAAAUAAUUUACUUGAAACAAUUAGGUCAGAGUAUACAUUGGAAAAAAGAUCGCGAUUGAAAAGUUCGAUUUUAAAGAUCCGACAAAGUGGCUGAAUAAGUCGAGAGAAGUAUUGUCGGUCCUUUAACUUUUACUCUCCUCUUCGCUUCGGUGGUCUUCUUAACUGGUUUGAGAACCCCUGCUGUAGGAUAAAAUAUGUGCCACGGCCUUGCACUACCACCAACGUACAAAAGUGAAAGAAAACGUUAUUUUUAUUUACGAGAUGUAAUUUUUUACGGAGAGAGGCGACAUGGCGCGUCUCACCAACAGAGGAGCAGAAGAAAAUAGAACGGCAGUCUUCUAUUUUGCUAGGCGCGCGAUGGGAAGAUUCCCUCGGCGACGCGCAGUCCGCUAAGCUCACAGUGAUACCAGUUUCAGAACCAUUACAUAGUCACGACCCUGUUCUUUGAGAUUAGCUUUGUAAGAUAAACUGAACUAUUGUCUACAUUUAUUACCUACCGCGAAUGUUAAGCUCAAUAUUUAUAUCGAGCAAGAGAACGGUCUUACAUUUCUGAAUUUCUGGAUUUGUGGACGUGAGAUAAAGGAGUGUAUUAAAACUUCAAACUUAAAUUCAAGGUAAAAAUGAUGGAUUUAUAAGCAAGUUUUAAAGUUUAGUAAUUGCAGAGCUGGAAAAGGAGAACAUCGGUGACGAUUUCGAGCUUUCCGAUGAAAUUUAAUAAUUAGAUUUUCGAGUCUCGCCGUAAACGUUCAAGGAUCUAGGAAUCCAGAGAUCCUGGACCCCAGGGAUCUCAGAACCCAGAAAUGUUGAAGUCCGAGGAUCUAGGAAUCCGAGGGCGUGAGGGUUCCAGGACAUAAGAAUUAUCUUUACGCACGUGUAUACAGUAGGGAUUUCCUCUAAAGACACAGUAAAACAUUUCUGCCAAGUAGCAAAACGUAGAUAGCUCGUAAGGAUCACCCACGCGUACCACACAGUUAUAAUAGUCCUUUGUAAGGAUAAACUUUUUGUAUUUAAAUUCGCAUAAAAAGGAUAUCGUGAUGUCACCACAUUUUUUCUGAUUUGCAAAACAGAUCAUACUUAGAAAACGUAUUUAUCACAGUUUAUAUAUAUUAUAGGCAUAGCUAUAGCAAUUAUAUUGGCAGAAAUUUGGUACAGUGGCGUUAGAAUUAUUUGUUUAUUACGAAUGGGUAACUUGUUUAUUGUCUGUUUUACAGUUUAUAACCAAAAACUAUUUUAUAUAUAGAGACUUUGAAGUUCUAUAAUAGACAUACUUGUUCGUCUUUUUUUUAUUUCAUCGUUUCGUCAAAUAAAAUCUUUUAAUUUCUUAGUUA